GCUUUUACAUUAAACAUUCAAAACGCAUACGAUGGAGAGAAAAUAUUAUGAAUUUCAUUCAAGCAAUUCGUGAAUGGAAGUUUUUUUGAAUUUGUGGUUUUGAGUCAUUUUUCGUUCAUUAAGAACGAAAUCAUGAUGAGUAUUGGAAUAAAAGUUUUAAUUGGAUAUGUUCUAAUUUUACCACACUGUUUCUUAUCAGCUAACCUGACAGCGUCAAAUAUUCAUUUGACUUCAGAACCGAAAUCUCCACAAACACAGUUGAAAACUUUAUCCUUCAGUACAAAAUUCAUAAAACUCGAAAAAAAUACAAAAAGCGAAACUCGGAAAACCACACAAUUUAAACCGAAACCUAAAUCUGAAAAGCCCAAAAAAACUAAAACAACUUUGCCUCCAAUAAAAGAGUUCCGCUUACAAGCGCUGCUUGAAAUAGGACUGAAAUCUAACGAAGCUAAUAAAUUCAUACGUUCGAGAAGUAUUUUGGGAAAGCCUCUAGAAGAACAGUACGAAAUAACACGCGAAUCGGAUAUGAACUACAUUGAAACAAAACAUGCAAAAGAUGACGGCGAGUCACGCGAAUCAAUGAAAGCAUGGAGAAUGAAUAAAAUAUAAAUUCGCUGACACUCGAUACAAAGUAAAAUCAAAAGUUCAUCAAUUUUUUUAAUUCAUCAAUUUCGAAAGAAAAAAGUUUGUCAAUUAA